AUGGUUAAUAAGGAAAGCGUUGAUUACACCUUGUAUUUGGUGACAGAUUCGACUAUGUUGCCCGAGGGCAAGACGUUAUUGUUUCAGGUCGAACAAGGGUUGAAGAAUGGAGUUACUAUGGUCCAAUUAAGGGAGAAGGAUACUGAUGCAAAGACGUUUGUUGCUGAAGCAUUAGCAGUGAAAAAGAUAUGUGAUUCUUUCAAUGUUCCCUUGAUUAUCAACGAUAGAGUUGAUGUUGCAUUAGCUAUUGACGCUUCUGGGAUUCAUGUGGGACAAGAGGAUAUUCCAAUCCCAAUGGUUAGAAAAUUAGUCGGUCCUGAUAAGAUCGUUGGAUGGUCAGUCGGUAAAGUCGAAGAAGUUGAUAGGUUGGCGGAAUGGGGUCCUGAUAUGAUUGACUACAUUGGUGUUGGAACAGUUUUCGAAACUCAGACUAAAAAGGAUAUUAAGAAGAUUCCAAUGGGUCCUGAAGGUGUUUCUCGAAUCUUGACACGUCUUGAGGAGAAAAAAUGCGAUUGGAUUAGAACUGUUGCCAUUGGUGGAUUACAUCCAGACAACAUCGGUAGAGUCCUUUUCCAAGCUCAGGCUUUGAACGGGAAGAGGUCCGUGGAUGGAAUCAGUAUCGUUAGUGAUAUCAUGGCCUCACACGAUGCCGGUCAAUCAACAAGAAUUUUGAGACAAAUCUUGGACAAAGGAUCCUUUCACUUUUUCGAAGGUUCCGAGGAAGCCAAGGACGCAUCAACAAUUAAGGAAAACGUAAAGAAAUUGGCUCCUCUGAUCCAUCACAUCACUAAUAGAGUUCAUCAAAAUUUUGGUGCUAAUGUGGCCUUAGCCAUUGGUUGUUCACCAAUCAUGUCAGAAGUGGCUGAAGAGUUUGAAGAUCUAUCUAAGAUUCCACAUUCAGUUCUGCUAUUGAAUUCGGGGACAGUUGCUGAUAUAAGUGUCUUACAGCAUGCAGUAAAGACAUACAAUGCCCAGAAAAGGCCUAUCGUAUUCGAUCCAGUUGGUUUCAGUGCUUCAAGCGCUAGAUUGGUGUUGAACAAGAAAGUGUUAUCGGCUGGACAAUUCGCAUGCAUCAAGGGUAAUACGGGUGAAAUUAUGGGUGUAUCUGGUUUGGGUGGAAACAUGAAAGGUGUCGAUUCAUGCGGUGAAGAUACAUUAGAGACUAGGAUCAAGGCUACGCAAUUGGUGGCAUUUAAAUAUCGAACAGUGGCUGUUUGUACAGGUGAGAUUGAUGUUGUAGCCGAUGGUAGUGUUUCAUCGACGGCACCACUUAAACGUGGACUAGGAGCUUCUCCUGCUGAGCUUCCAUACGAACUUAUCAAAGGCGAAGAUGUCCCAUUAUUUGGUAGAAUAACUGCAUCAGGAUGCUCACUGGGCACAGUCAUAGCUGGUUUUAUAGGUGCUGCUGCAGAGGAGUCAAUUUAUAGCGCAGUACUUCAAGCGGUAUCUUUAUACAAACUAGCUGGGACAAAAGCUAAUGUGACAGCAAAAGGAAGUGGAUCAUUCCUAGUGGGACUUGUCGAUAAUCUAUACAACGUUAUGGAAGAAUAA